GGGGGGAUGCGGGAGCUCAGCCCCGGGUUGGGGGCGGGGGGGGGGCAGGUCGUUCUCGCAAGUUUCGCGUUCCCCGAGCGAGCGUUCGCCACCCCCACCCCCGCAGCUCCCGGACACGUGCUUUGCUCUCUGCGGGCCCGGAGCGAUGCUCGGCGCGGUGUCAGCGCGGGGGGUGCCGCCCCCGGUCCCGCUGCGGGGCUGCGUGCGGGGUGCCGGGCCUCGGGGCUCGCUGCUGGGUGGGAGCCGUGCGUGCUCCGCUGACACUUGGCAGCGCACCCACCCCCGAGGAAACGCGCUGAGUCCAAACUGAGCGUAAUUGGUUAUGAAACAGACCGAGCUGCAGUUCGUAACCGCGAGCAGAUGCGCCCGCUUUCCUUGUCCGUCCCCGAAGCGCCUUUUUGACAGGUUAGAACUACCCUCGGGCUGCCCGGGUAGCCCCGAGCCGGGGGGAAGGCGGGCGGUGCGAAGCCCGCGGUCGGGAGCAUCCCUCCCGCGUCCCCGAGCCGCAACGCGCUGAGCCCCGGCACCGCUCCGCGACGCCGGACCCCGUCUGAGUGAGGAUCCCCGCGGGCUGGGACCGUCGCGUCCAGGCUCCGUCCCCUCCGGGGUGGAUGCGGAGCGGGGAGGGUCGUGUCGGAGCAGAGAGCUGCUGCGGGGGGCUCAGCCUGCCCCGUCCGAAGCGUUGCUUUGCACGUAAACCCGGGGUGAAUCCACGAAGAGCAUCCGUGGGUGAGGUCGGGGUUCUUGGGUACGGGAGUGGUGCGGACUGUGACACGGAUCCAGCGCUGAUUGAGGCUGAUUCUCAAGUGUGGAUGCAUGGACAAAUAACUGUGUGUGCGUAAAUAUGCCAGUAGGUAAACGUAGUUAUGGGAUUUAUGUUCCUCCUUAUUUUUCUUUCUAGUAAUAUUGGAUACGGUUUGGCUCUUUUUCUUGCUCGUCAUUGGGACAGAUGUGAUUUCUUCUUUCCUUGCAAAAUCCCAGCUAAAGGAGGGGACACCCCAGGCUGAGGAGCGUGGAGUGGAUGUGUUCCUUCUCCCCGCCCCCCAAUUGCAGGGCUGGCAGGAGCUGGAAGCGCUCCUAAUGAGUGCUAAUUGGCAGCAGAGCAGCGAUGCUCGCAGCCCUGGGAGAGCCCAGCCCACGAGAGGAGGGGGUUUUCCACCAUGAUGGUCUCAGGGCUCCUUUAGUGAGAUCUGAUGGACCAUGGAACCCUCCCCAGCACCCGGCUAUGCAGACAGGAGGGAAACCCUGCCCCAGUUCCCCCAUAUUCGGGUGAAUUCCAGCUUAGGCAGCGAGUGGUGAUUACAAACUGCGCUUAUUAGCAUGGGUACGAAGUGACCUGUGCAUGACAAGUACUGCAGGCGGAGAGAUGCUAUCAGGUGUUGCAGGGAGACACCUAAUCCCCUCCUUUGGUGCCGUUUUUCACCCUUUUCUUCCAUCCCCUGAUGCUCUCCGCAUUCCCGAAGCCACGGUGUUCCACCAGUGGUGAUGGGGUGCAGCCCUGUGCCUGCACUGCCUUGUUGGGCUUUGUGCUGCUUGACCCCAGAGCUCUGGCUCUGUGCUCUAUCAGUGUGCCGUGUUUAUGAGAAAGGACUUUGCUUUUCCAAGGUCACUCUCCAAGCCUGCAUUCACAGCCCGGCUGCCGGUGCUCAGCCAGCAGUGCAGAACGUGGCUCUGGGGCAGUGACCAGAGGUCCCUGGGCUGUUUUGUUUCUCCAGAUCUGAUGGGUUGGCUGCCUUUGGAGAGACCCACUUCCCCAGCCAGGGCUUGUUCCGCUGGUGCGAGCUCUGAUAGCACGGGCUGGGGACAUGUAAAUCUUCCAUCAUCAGCCUGUAUUGAAAAUUGAAAAGCAGCAUCAUGAAUUAAUUGACACAUGGCAUUGCUCUUGGUUUUGGGGAGCUGAUCCAUGGCUUGUGAAGCCUCUUAAUAUUUGAUAGGCUGGAUUCACACGAUGUCAGAUAGAAUCAUUCAGGUUGGAAAAGCCCUCGGAGAUCCCCAAGCCCAACCCAUCCCACCAUGCCCAUGUCCCUCAGUGCCCGGUGCCCACAGGUCUGGACCAUCUCCAGGGACAGAUAUGCAAAAUGAGUAAGAUUUGGUAACGUUAGGAGUUUCGAUUGAAACUUGGUGAAGGAAAUCACCGCGUGGCACUGAGCUUCUGCAAGAGCCCCCAAACCUGUGCAGGUCCCUGGGCAGCAGGUGUGCUGGUACCUGCUCCCGUUUGAAUUUGUAAACACGUAAUUGGAUGUUAGUUUAAGAGAUGGAUGGGAGAGUGUAAAAAAAAAAAAAAAAAGUGUUCUGGGGAAGGGGUUGGGUUGAGGUCUCCACGCCUCCAACUCCACAAAAUAUUAAAGAGAAUAACCCCAAGGGAGACUUGGUCACGGUUUUUGUUUUCAGAGGAUUAAAUGUAGCAGCAUCGGUGGUAUCGCUGCUCUGUACCCCGCGAGGCGUUCCCCUGGGCUGCAUCGUGCCCGUGCUCAUGGGGUUUUGCAUUCAGCAGCCAAAGCUCGGGGCUCGGCCGUGCAGUACGAGUGGGACCGGAGGGUUUGGCUCCGUGGCUGCUCUCCUGCAUCGCUCCAGCUCCCAGGCUGUGUAACAUGUGAAAACUGGCAAACCGUGCUCCGGCAGCUGGAAAACCUGCUCCAAGCCAGCCCAGAAAGGAGCAAAACUCCUAAGUGGGAAGGUGACGUUAGCGGUGGACGUGAUGGGGUUGGCGUUUGUGUGCUAACCUUAACGUCGCUGCAGACGGCCUCGGGGCGUGCUGGGGAAUAGUUGUGCACGCCACGAGAUGACUUCAGGAAUGUGUUCCUGAUCCUAUUAUGGCACGCUUGUUUUGUCCCAGCCUUUACAAGCGAAUAUCGUGUCAUAUUUUUGAAGGGAUGAGUUUUAAUUCUAUGAAAUAGAUGCCACAAGCUAUUAUCGUACGGAAAAAUGGAAUAUCCAUUACAAUUAUGAAGAUACAGAGAGCGUUACCGAGGAUCCGCAUUCGCUUUUUGUAGCUUCUCUGCUAGUUCAGAGAGAAGAUUAUCUCCUUAUUGGCCCAUCAGUUGUGUGAUAAUUGAAGUGCAGUGUGGUGGCUGGUGCUUCUCAAGGCGAAAGCAUCGCGGGUAAUGAAGAUUUGCAGUUCCCGGUGGCUUCAUUGGGGCACCGAGCCACCCACGCUCCAGCUUCCACGUAGGUUGUGCUGCUGGUGGAUAGAAAACUGCUUUUCCCCUGCAGGUCUUAUGUGAAUCGUUGGCUUUGGGAAGGGGUUGGGAAGGGCCGCUCUGUGCCGUUCCUCCCCCCUACUGGGAUGAGUCAAACAUUGCAAACUUCACUGGAAGUCCCCGGCUGCGCCGUGGGAGCCGUGGCGUGGCCCCGUGAAGGCUGAAGGUGUAAAUUAUUUGGAGCCAGUGUUUAAGAAAGCUCUAUAUUUAGUGCCUGCUGCUUAACAUCACCCCGGCUUACUGCUGGCGACAGGCGCGGCCAUGCUUCUGCUUUCUCCUGCACGCAGCACUAAAAUAUCCAUUGGCUGUCCCUUUUCUGCAUCAUUUCUGAUGUCCCUUCCGCUGUGAGGGGGACAUUUUAUUAUUCCCGUUGUCUAAACCCCCUGUAUUUUAUUUUCUACCUCUCUGCUAUCCACUGAUUUGCUUCUUUGGGCACUUCUGCUCCUGUUUCUGUUUCUCCAACUGUCGAUGCCAGAAGGAGCAUCUUCCCCAAAAAGGAAGGAGAGCAGAGGAGGGGGGUGAAGAAGAGGAGUUACCACGGAAAGUUUGAAAAUGUGAAAAAACAUCAUCCAAAAGACAGAACUUCACGUUAAAUUGCAGUCUCAUGCGUUUGAAGGUGGUGGUGUGAUGCUGGGGUCUGUGCCAUAUUCCAGGAGCCGUUAGUCCCUUUGCUCCGGAGCGUGGCAGCGUGUAUUUCUCCAUGAGAUGCCCCAUUUGUACCAGGCAACCAUUCCCAUUUGCAUGCUGACAAAACUCCUGGCCCAGCGCCUUCCUGCCAGCCAGGGAGCCAACACGGGAUGGGGAAGGGGCCGCGUGGUCCCUACCACCACCAGUCCUUAGGGCACAGGGGCAUUGCCUUUCCUCCUGAUUUAUGCCUGUAGGGUGGGAGGAAAGGGGAUGUGUGAAGAGUGUCCAGCUACUGGAGGCUCUGGGAGGAAAAAGGAAUAUAUAUUUUUUCCCUUUACUGCGUGUUCACGCUGUCGUAAAUGACUUGGCACCUGGUGGGAUGGGAGUAGCACCCGUCCCGUUGGCUGGCGUUGGUGCCAGCUCAAACACCGCCAGACGUGGCUUUUGUUUCCAUUUGCUGCUGGGCCGUCCUUUCUAUUUCCUCAGAGACAGGCAGAGGGAUUGGGGCUUCUCUAGUGCCAGCAGUAGUGGGGAGCAUCCCACCCCACACUGCCAGGCCCACAGCAUCCUGCUCCAUCCAGCAGGACCGUGCAGGAGCCGGAGCUGCGCCAGGUUUGGGCUAUACGUGCUGCUGACACCUUAUGGGAACUGAGCGUGUGCUGGAGUAACAGAUGGGUAUUAUUUCAGCUUUGUGAAUGUCUCCCUGAGAUAUUAAAAACACCGGCUGGACCCCAAGUCCCAGCUCUCAUGAAUGGCUCCCUGGAAAUGCUGUCGGGAGCGUUCAGGUGCUGCUUGGCUUUGAUGAAAUGAGCAAAUGCCAAUAGCUGGUGUUUGCUUUGCCUCCUUCCUCCUGCAGAAAGGCUCCCUUUGAGGGGUGGCAAAGCAUCCAGCCCUGUUCCACGUCACAAAAUGUGACCAUCCCGCCUUUAUGUUGGUGCUUUGGGGCUCUGCAGUGGGAAAUGCUCAACAUCCCGCAUCAAUGGGGAUGUCCUGUGCCCAUGGGUCUGCCCAUGGGGAUGGGUGACCCCAGCAGAGCCCGGCUCCCAGGGGAGAGCCCAGCCCUGCCCAGAGAGGUUGUGGAUGCCCCAUCCCUGGAGGUGUUUGAGGCCAGGUUAAAUGAGACCCUGGGCAACCUGGUUUAGUGCCUUAUUUAGUGGUUGGCAGCCGUGCCCACAGCGAGGGGUUGGGACUGGAUGAUCUUUGAGGUCCCUUCCAACCCAAGCCAUCCUAUGAUUCUGUGACUCUCCUUCCUGGAACCAGCAGUGCUGAGGCUGCCGUGGGAUGUGCUCCCCAGAUCGGCUCCUUGGCAGCCCGCGCACGUAGGAGCCGUCUUCUGCUAACAGAUUGUGGUGUAUUUAAUGAACCCGAGGAAAAACAAGAAAUCCGAAGGCUGCGGGGCGAUGCAAGUUUGCUGUUCGGUCUGCCAAAUGCACGCUAAUUCAGACAACUCGCAGAUGUUUGGCUCCCCGUGCGUUAAGGAGAUUUAUGUACGAUGCAGGGCUGGGAAAUUCAUUCCCAGCGUGCCGGAGAGGCGAGCUGGCAGCGGCCACGUGCGGGCGAAGGUUUCCUGGCCUCCUUCCUUUGUCCGUUCCUUGCCACUGACAUUUCACUGCAGCGUGCCCGUUGGUUGCUGGGAGGAUGGGUAAAGGUUCGUUUUCCAGGAGCCAGCGAGCUCUGUGAAAGCUUUUUCCCAGCUGAGGAAUGAUGUCCCAGAGACUGCUCGAGGGCAGAGGGACGAUGGUCCAAUGGGGACCAUGGUGAAGUGUGACUGCAGCGGUGGCAUCGCUGGCCCUGUGGUUCUUCCUGCUUUAUGGGCUGGUCACAGGUGAUGCAAGUUGUAGGCCCAGAGACUGCCAGCUGAAAGCGUUCCAAACUCCGAAAAUAUUGUCUGCCUAAUUGAAUUUUUGGAAUAUCCUGAGCGAUUGCUUUUCUGCUGGAGGCUCUGCAGUCUUAGAGCUUUUACCCGUAAGAAUGGAGCAGGAGGAGAAGAUCUCAAAAAGUCUGUCUGUUCUCCCUCAUCGUUGCAUGUACAUCCAGUAUUUCCCUGCUUUAAAUCCAGACACUUCCAUCACCCUGGUUCUUCAGGGCCCACCAGCCUCAAUCAGUUCUUCCAGCUCAGCCUUGAAAAAGGGAGAAAUCUGCCUUGCUGAUGGUACCCAAGUCUGAGAAUGAUGCUUGUGUUCCAAGAUUCCCUACAAGACCCUGCGAGAUGCCCAAGCUCUCACUAGCACUUGGCCGUGCCAUGGUUCUCUGGUUGCCACAGUUGCAGUUGAUGUUGAAACCCAGGGCCUCUGGAGCAAGCAAAGCAAGGCUGGCCAACAACCUUGGAGGUUUGUCACCCCGGAGCUUUGACAUCUGGCUGUAAGUAGGUGGACGUCGUGCUGCAGAGUUGCCAGGGAGGAAAAGGCAAAGUCACAGCCAGCCGCCGCUUUCUUCAAGCUGAGAUGUUGAGACAAAGCACCUCUGACCCUGCCCUGUCUUUUCUCUCCGUCCCUUUCCGCCGUUUGUUUGUGAGGGAGUCUUUCCCCUGCCACUCCUAUUCCGAGCCGCCGGCCCCAGCCCCUGCUGCUCUCAGCCCUUUUGGGGGAAAAUGCACUGAAGUGGGAGCUUGGCCAGAGCGUGGCUGAUGGAGACCUUUGCCUGGACUCUGAUGGACUCCGACGCAGGACUGCAUUACCAUGGUGAUGAUCUUAACCAAAACUCGGGAAAACAAAGGUGCUGACUCUGUAACAUGCAGGACUGAGCUGCACACUCCAAAGAUGAGUCAAGGACCUACCCUCUUCUCUUGUGGCAUUAUGGAAAAUGACAGAUGGGGAGACCUCAGCAGGAAAUGUCCACUGCAGAUCGAGCAGCCGGGUGCCAGCAUCUGGGACUGCCUGGCCGACAAGGGCGAGGAGGGCACGCUGUGGCCGCGGGAGGCCACCAGCACCUGCUCGGUGACCAACCUCAUCAAAGAGCUCAGCCUCAGCGACCCUCACGGCAACCCGUCGGCGCCGCCCAGCAAACGCCAGUGCCGCUCGCUGUCUUUUUCGGAUGAAAUGUCCAGCUGCAGGACAUCAUGGAGACCCUUGGGCUCCAAGGUCUGGACUCCGGUGGAGAAGAGGCGGUGUUACAGCGGCGGGAGCGUCCAGCGCUACUCCAACGGCUCGGCCACCAUGCAGAGGAGCUCCAGCUUCAGCCUGCCGUCCCGUUCCCACCCGCUGGCCUCGUCCUGCGAGCACCGCCCGGGCUGCCCGCCGAGGAGAUCGGGGGCUGGAGGCGACGCCUGGAGCCCCGAGGGCGGCCGGGCGGACAUGCAGCGCUCCCUGUCCUGCUCUCACGACCGCUUCUCCUCCUCGGAGCCCGGCCCGCCCUCGGCCAGCAGCACGCCGGCCUCCACGCCGCAGCUGGGCCGCCGUGCCGGCGGGCUGUGCCGCAGCCGCUCGCAGCCCUGUGUCCUCAAUGACAAGAAGGUGGGCGUCAAGCGGCGCCGGCCCCAGGACGCGCAGGAGCCACGGCCCUCGCUGGACCUGGCCAAGAUGACGCAGAACCGCCAGACCUUCAACAGCCUUAGCAGCCUUAGCACCGCGGCGGAGGACGGCGCCCAGCGGCUCCCCACCGCCCGGCCAUGGACCACAGCCCCCCGCUCCCCGGAGGUGAUGCCGGGCAGGACCCCCGCCUGCACCCCAGUGCCAGAGCCACGCACACGGGGCGAGGAGCGCGGGGCGAGCCGGGACGACCUGUCCUGCGAGGAAUCCGACGAGGGCGGCGGGAAGGAGGAGGAUGGCACCCCGUGGCGGGGCAGCGGGGUGGGCGCCGAGAGCCCCUUCCAGCUGGAUGGAGAAAUAGACAUCGAACAGAUUGAAAACAACUGAGGACGCGGGGCCCAGCGUGCCGGGGUCUGGGGCUUGCAGUGGGGAAGGGUCCCCCGAGGGUCAGCGCGGGUUGUGCCGCGCUGCCGGCGUCCCCCUGCCAGCUGGAGGGGACGAAGCAGCUUUGCCAAAAUUUCAUCAGGUAUUUAGAGCAAUUCCGUGUGCGUGUGCGUGUGUGUGUGUCAAUCUUGAAAUUCUUUGUAACUACUGUAGCCAGAUAUCAGCUAGUUUGGGAAAACCGCCUGUCAGACCUUGGAGACCGGAGGGACAGGGAUCUCCAAACAACGCGCAUCCGUCGGGCUGGGCCUCCGGCAGUGAGAAAACAACUCCUGAAAAUGUAGGAUCGCGGCUGAUGGAUCCAGCCAUGGCUUCCAGUUCACCCGUGCGUUUGUUUGGAAAACAAAAGGAAACAAAAAAACACCCCCGGGGAGGACUGGAAAACUGGGGGGAGAAAGAGAAAGUCAGCUGAGAUUUGCCAACCGCGCGCUGGUGAGGCCGGGCUGGUGAUGGGGCAGCCAUGAUGCCCAGAGCCGCCACCGAUCCUCCAGUGCCUGGCGGUGCCAUCGGAUGGAAACCACAAUUUUUGCUAGAAUGUAUUGAUGGUAAGAGCUGGAUAUUUUGCUUUAUACGUGUUUUUUCAUUUUCCUUUUCCCGAUGAGGAUCCAGCAGCGCUCGGCCCCUCGCCAACCAUCGCGCGGCUGCCACGCUCGUUUUGCUCUGGCUGUGAAGUGGGUCCCUGUCCAACGCCAUAGGAUUACUUGACAAAAGUAAGCUGUCAAAAUGCUGAAAAUUCAGGUAGCAGCACUGAAAGCUUUUCCUCUCGCUGUGCCUUGCUAAAGCACAGAUAAAGCAGUGACCAUUACGUUUGUACGAGAUACAGUCUUCGACGAAAUAAGCUGUCCACUUGCUAACAGAUUUAGAAGGACACGUCCUUAUUUUUUUUUUUUUCCUCCCCUUUUUAUUUCUUUUGUUUAAAUCUUUUGGAAAGCUGUACGUGCGGCUUCCGGCAUCUUCUGCAGGUUCCUUGGGGUUAUUUCCCAAGCUCUGCAAAAGCACAAAGGGAAAAUGAAGUGAUAGAUCCCAAUGGAUCCCAACCCCUUCAGCAGGGGUCCGACACCCCACUGGGAGCCCGUGAGCCAGAGGAGGCUGAGAGCGGCCGGCGCAGGUUUUACUGAUCCCUGCUGUUACGUUACUGCACUUUUUCCUGUGGGGGCACGGGGUGUUCCCCCUGUCCCAUCCGCUCAUAGCUCUACACCUGUGCGCGGCCGCGGUCAUCUCAGCUCCCUGCAGAGCGGUGCUGGGGCCUUCUCCUUUCGGGGAAUCCUCCGGCUCUCUUCAAGUGUCUCUCCAUGCGUUGUUGGAAACAACUCACCCUGGCUGCACUCCCCUCGCGGGAAGCCUGUGCUCCAGAGCUGGGAUGGCUCUCCGUGUCCCAGGCCCUUUGGGACGUGGUGUCUGCCAGCCUGCGUCCCCAAGAGCAAUGCAACCACAUUUUGGCUUUGAGUCUUCCUGAUGUCCCAAACCCCCGUGACAGCCCCGGGCUCCCGCAGAGCCCAGGGCUCGCCUAUGCACACGUGGGGCUGUAACCACAAGGGCUCUCUUCUCCCUCCAAGGGCUGCUACCUAGGACAUGCUCACCCCAUGCAGUAGGACGGUGACCGAGCGGCCGCCAGCCGUACCCGACACAGACGUAGCAUACAGUUUACAUACAGCACAACCCGUUUGCCUUACUAAAGACGCUUCUCCAAUGAGUAAUGGCCUUAUACCGGGCACAUUAGCUUAGACACAGACUGCAGUGACGGUUUGUAGGCCGCAGUGGUGUUCUGUUGGGUGUUUCUCUGUUGGUUUCGUAUGAUUUCAUGUACCUGUUUUCAGUUCGAGAAAGCCUUACUUUAAAAAAAAAAAAAAAAAAAAACUCUCUCUCUGUAGAGGUAAAACAGUUGUGGAUUUAUAUAUAUAAAAAUAUAUAUAUAAAUAAAAAAAAUUAAAAAAAAUAUUAAAUAUAAUAUAGUACGUGCCUCAGAUCCAGGGGACAUCCUGAUGAUUGUAGUCGGACGCGGUGCGAGUGCCGCGGGAUCCGUUGGUAGAGGGCCUCACCCGUGACACUGGGGACCCCUGCAGCCAAGCCCUGCCAGGACGUGGGAGCGCAGCGAUGUGCAGGCCGAGGCCUUUGCUCGCAGGCUCGUGGUUGUGAAGAUGCCCGUGGUUUGUUCAAGGCUUGAACCGAUCCGACGGCUUCAGGACGACUUCAGGCCGCGGCAUCAGCAGUGAGAUUGCAGCAGUAGGGAAAUGAAGGGUUUGGGUAGGGAAAUCCUCAGCACCGGUAACGCACGCACGUGUUUCAAGCCUGUUCUAGGAGAGAUUACAUCUUGGAAAAAAAAAAGACGGGAAGAAGUGUUUGUAACAUAGAUUGUAAUUUUUCACGUUCUAGCAUAGCCUCCUUGGCCAAUACCGUUGUGUUUUCAGUGCUUUGUUUCAAAGCUCCUGGCUGAACAGGAUAACAGACUGACGUAGGAUAUUCUAGGAUUGUAGCAGUGCUUUGCAGAGUUUAUGUUUUUGAUGUCGAAGAAAUCAAAAGAAGAGGAUGGCCAAAAAAAAAAAAAAAAAAAAAUUAAAAAAAAACAACCCACACAACAACAACAAAAAAAAAGCCUUCUGAAGCUCUGCCCUGCCGUAGCGACGUCUCUGCGCACCGCACAAGCACAGAGGCAUGCGCGUGCCCCAGGGGCGGGCGAGAAGACUGCUGACCUGUCCCCUCUCCAUGACUUGAUUGCACUAGAGCAGCUCAGUCUCAGGAAAUUGCUUGUUACUUUUACUGUGUAAAUAAAGCUUCCUGGUUCCGUA